AUGAGAUCCUCCGCCAUCUGGUCCACCGCCUUCGCGGCGUUGGCACACACUGCCGCCGCCGUCACUGGUGCUGCCGAGGGCUUCGCCAAAGGGGUCACGGGAGGUGGCAAUGCGACUCCCGUCUAUCCCAAAACCACGGCCGAGCUGGUCUCGUACCUGGGUGACUCGGAGCCUCGUGUCAUCAUGCUGGACCGGACAUUCGACUUCACCGGAACCGAGGGCACCGCGACCGAGACGGGCUGCGCCCCCUGGGGCACCGGCUCGGGCUGCCAGCUGGCCCUGAACAAGAACGACUGGUGCACCCGGGAGCAGCCGAACGCGCCCAAAGUGAGCAUCACGUACGACAAGGCCGGCAUUCUCGGCAUCACCGUCAAGUCCAACAAGUCCCUCAUCGGCGUCGGCAACAAGGGCGUCAUCAAGGGCAAAGGCAUCCGCAUGGUCAGCGGCACCAGCAACGUCAUCAUCCAGAACAUCCACAUCACCAACCUCAACCCGCAGUACGUCUGGGGCGGCGACGCCAUCACGCUCGACAAUACCGAGAUGAUCUGGAUCGACCACGUCACCACCUCCCUCAUCGGCCGCCAGCACGUCGUCCUGGGUAACAACCCGAGCGGCCGCGUCACCAUCUCCAACAGCAAGUUCGACGGCCAGACCUCCUGGUCCGCCACCUGCAACACCUACCACUACUGGGGCCUGUACUUUACAGGGUCCAACGACAUGAUCACCUUCAAGAACAACCUCAUCACCCACAUGUCGGGCCGCAGCCCCAAGGUGGCGGGCAACACGCUGCUGCACGCGGUCAACAACUACUGGUACGACAGCAAGGGCCACAACUUCGAGCUGGACGCGGGGGCCAUGGUGCUCGUCGAGGGCAGCGUGUUCCAGAACGUCGAGGCGCCGCUCCAGUCCGGCGGCGCCGGCCGGCUCUUCGCCAGCUCCGGCACCGCCUCGGCCUGCGCCCCGUACCUCGGCCGCGUGUGCCAGGCCAACGGCUUCGGCAGCUCCGGCUCCCUCUCCGGCUCCGACACCUCCUUCCUGCAGUACUUCCAGAACAAGAACAUCGCCGGCGCGACAGACUACAACACGGCCAAGAACGUCCUCGACACCGCCGGAUUUGGCACAAUCUGA